GUCUGCUUAUCAUGUCUGAAAUGGAGAAAAAGCAUAUUCAUGUUCAACACAGCAGACUUGCCAACUCUGGUUAUUUAACAAAUUGCAGAAAUUCAGACGGACGCUUCCAUCUGGGUGUUAUUCUCCUUCUGGGACUGUUGAGCAUCGGCCUGCUCAUUGGACUGCUGGUCGCCAACACUCAGUAUAAUACUGCCAAAAGUCAACUGACCAAUGAAUUCCAGAAUUUUAAACGAACAUGUAAUACUGCUGUUGGCAACCUGGAAUCGAAGAUUGACCAGCAAUCUCAAGAGCUGGUCAGGGCUCGGAACUUGGCUAAAUCGAAUAGUGACUCCAAAUGUACUUCAAAUGAAGAACUACACAAUCUGACUGAUAGUCUCCGCAUCUGUAAUGAAACCCUUUUCAACAUGAGAGAAAGAGCACAGCUGCCCACUGGCCUGCCUGAAGAGGCAAGCGGCUUUGAGAGUUUGUUUGAGCAGAAUGGCUCCGAAUGCAAUUGGAAUGAAAGCAAUGAGCUCUCCACACUUUCAGCAAAUCUGACUGCCUGUCUCACAGAGAGUGAUGAAAAACUUUCUUUUAUAUCCAAAGAGAGAGACCUGCUGAACACCAAGCUUGGUAAAACAACCGAAGAGUUGCUCAAACUUUGUCAUCUGUUUAAAAACACAACAUGUCCAGACGGAUGGACAAAGUUCAAUUGUUCUUGUUAUCGGUCCUUUGGUCCUGGUUCCUGGGAUGAAGGAAGAGAAGACUGCGCGAGAAAAGGAGGAGAUCUGGUGGUGAUAGACGACCCUGAAGAACAGAAUUUUCUUUCUAAUUUCACGGAGGAAGCUUGGAUUGGUUUGAGUAUCAGAGAAACUGAGGAAUCCUGGCUGUGGGUAGAUGGAACCUCUCCGAGUUUCACGUUCUGGAAGAACAAUCAGACUGACAAUGAUGGGGACUGUGCAACGUAUGACAGCAGACUGUGGGAUACUGUAUCAUGUAAAGCUACCAAACACUGGAUAUGUGAAAAAAUACCAACCACAUUCGCUCCAAAUAUUUGUUAAAAGAUAUAUUUUUAUUCUGUAGCGACCAAGCAGACUAUAUAGCUUACUUGUGAUCAAAUAACCAACAGUUGGCUACACCAGAAUGAACUGUUGACAUAAAAACGUGCUUUUCUUUCUCUGACAGUGGAAAAUGGAUCUACAUGUUACUCAAAGUUUCAUUUAAAAUUAGGAGAUAAAUUGUAAAAUGUGUGUUGCUGCUUGAUGUUGCAGUAAGAAACUAUAAUCAGCUUGCUUACAACCAUUAAGGGAAUAUUUAUUUUUUAUACAAUGGCUAGGGUUGAAAUAUUUUAUUUCCUAGACUGAUUCAGUUGGAUCAGUCUUUUAUUAGUUAUUAGUGAAAUUGUCACUGUUUGACAACACAAAGACAUGGAUGAAUCCAUACUGAGUUCAAAAACACGUGCUUUUAUAAACUCUUCACAACUCAAAUACAUUCUAUAACCCAUUACUGACACCGCCUCUCACCCAUUAAUAGCUGGAAAUAGGCACCAGCACCCCAUGAGGGAUAAGCGUGCAUAGAUAAUAGAUGGAAGGAUGGAUGGAUAUAUAAAUUUGCAGUUUAGAUAAAACAGUCCAACAUCACUUCUUCGUUCAAGCUUUGUGUGGAAAGUGUGAAUUUAAUUAAUUUUUGAUUAAUUCUGACUUGUAGAGCUCCACAUAGAUGUUUCCUUUUGGGUCAAUUACCUGAUCUGCCUCUAAUGGGCUGACUUGUUUUGAUGGCCUGUGUAUAUAUCAUGUCAGUCCUUUACCUCUAAAGCUGCGGUUCCACUGAUCCUACUUGCCUCGGCUCGCCUCCACCCGGUUUGUCUUCGUGCAGUUUGUGAUUCGAUCGGCCUAUAAAUGCCUGGAAGAGGGAACCAUCUCCUGUGCUUUAGCCCCCGUCGCUCCCUCCCCACCCCGUUUGUGACACCAACACUUUAAAGAAAUCUGCAAGAAAUAGAAAAAGAUUUUAAAAAAUGUAUUUUAAAAAACAUAAAUAAAGGAAAAAAUGCAAAUAAUGUUUGUAUAAUUGUAUAUGAUAAUUUUUUAAGGCUAAAGUAAUCCACCGGGAUAAAUAUCUGGAUCACAAAUCAGCUUUAACUAAUAAUAAAAUGAGAAACAGUUCCUCUCUGCAAUCCUGUCUGCUUUGAAACUGUGUGUUUGUAAGAGACAGAUGCGGAGAGGCGAAGACGAACCAUUUAGCCCGCAAGCUGCGGGCCUUUGAGGGGUUUCCCCAGUAUGAGCUCUGUCAUGCCAUGACGAGCUCCGUCAUGGCUUUUGCGUCAUCCGUGGUGUGAGCAAGGAGAAGAUGUUAAUACAUUGAAAGAUUUUUAACCACCGUGAAAUUAUUUUUAUUGGUUUGAUUUUGUGCUGAUUCCCCCUGCUUUAGGUGGCUGUGUCAGCAGACAGCCGCUGCCUUCUGCAGCAUGAGGUGGAUGGAUGGACACUAAAGACAGAAUUGUCCAUCCUAUGUGUGUAAAACGAGAGAAAGCAUAUCAUGUCCUUUUUCUGUUUUUUUUUUCCCCGUUCAAGCAUGGUUCAUGGUUUGUAAAUAGAAAAGUGGAAUUGGGGCUUAACUGUGCUAACGCUAGCAUCUGAACCAAACGUGGCCACCUUGCCCACAUUAAAAAGGGAAGAAAGAUGAACAGUGCAUGAGGGCCAUCGAUUCAAUUCUCAUGCUCUCAUGAACUAUGCACCCAUUAUCUUGCUUGGAUUCUGUCUGCACGGGUCAUUUUCGUUUAGCUUUAUUAGAAAUACCUCUUUGAAAGUUACAGUGUUUGUGAACUCUCAGCCAGACAAAAAGGAUUAAGUCACUGUCACAGAUGAAUGCAGGAAAGAAAUGGUUUGGAUUCUUGCUCUUGGUCUGACUGAACUCAUAUACACAUUCCCUAUCAUGUAAAACACAAUGAGUUGAAAUAAAGAUUUGCAAAUAAAAAGUCAA